UGAUUGGAUAAUAGCUGUGGUACAACUAAUCAUUUUUGUCUCCUUUUUACCAUAUAAGGACGUACCUGUCCAACAUUGAACAGUUGACAAGGAUCCCUCGCGUAUACAGCCGACCAGUCAAGACCAAGACAAACAAUGUUGUCCUUCGUGGUGGUGUGUCUAGUCUCUAUGGUCGUAGUGAGGGCCUCCUAUAUCCUCCCACGAGGGACGAAACCCACCUGCGUUGGUCCGUAUUGUAGAAAUGUUGCUACUGGUAACAUACCUGUUGUCACCCCGAUCCAUCAAUCUGAUUCUGGCAACCUGUUGACACAUGGACUGUAUAGAAACGGAAUGAACCUGUACCGAAGUAAUGGAAUAGGCCAGCAGAGAUACCAUGGAAUAAACCAGAACGGCAAAAAUAAAAUCAACCAGUACGUACAAUAUGGCACCAACCAGUACAGGAACAAUGCAAUGAACCAGCAAGGAUACUUGGGAGAUAAACAGUUCGGGAACAACAGGAAGAGCCAACAAGGAAAUCGUGGACCCAUGAGCAUACCACGUAUCAUACAAAACUUUGGAGAUAAACAAUACGGGAACAACGGGAAGGGCCAACUAGGAAGUCGUGGACCCAUGAGCAUACCACGUAUCAUACAAAACUUUGGAGAUAAACAAUACGGAAACAACGGGAAGAGCCAACUAGGAAGUCGUGGACCCAUGAGCAUACCACGUGUCGUUCAAAACUUUGGAGAUAAACAAUACGGGAACAACGGGAAGAGCCAACUAGGAAGUCGUGGACCCAUGAGCAUACCACGUGUCGUUCAAAACUUUGGAGAUAAACAAUACGGGAACAACGGGAAGAGCCAACUAGGAAGUCGUGGACCCAUGAGGAUACCACGUGUCAUACACGGAGGACGGACACACAGUGGUAUUUCUGCAUUGCUAAGCAGGAGGACUAGCAGAUUAGCAGGACCCAAAGUUUACAGAGGCGACUAAAGGUAUUGCCGAUGUAAUCACGUGGAACUGGUGUCUACAGUGACCAUGGUUAUUAAAUAAUAAACGAUAGGCGUUUG